GACAAUGGGGAGCUUUAAAUCCCUUACAAACCCUUCCCCUCCCUGCUGCCUGGUGCCCCAGCUCAGGGCACGGUGCCAUGGCCAGCAGUGCCCAACACCCUGCACCGAGCCCCAAGCACCUCCUGCUGCUGCUGCCACCCCCAAACCCAUGCACCAGCAACCUGUGGGGCUAUAAAUGCCCCUGCCCCGUCCCCAGCAGCCACCAGUGGGGUGGGUUUGUGCCCCAGCAGCAAAGCUUAGCACAAGGUGUGCAGCUAUUGGGGAUCAUUGAACCCUUUGUGCUGCAUGAGCCCAUCUCCACCCAUCCCGGCCCCAGCACCCAUAAACCCCGACCCAGGGAAGCUCUCACCCCGCUCUUCGGUCCCAUCGGAGGCUCUGGGAGCGCCGUUAUCCCCAUGGCGCGUGAGCGGGAGCCGCGGGAUCCAGCCUGGCAGGGAUCAGGUCUCGUAGCCAUGGCAGCGGGGUAUUUAUUACAGCCUCUCUCCACCCCGGACUUUAGCCCUUAAUCAAGGAGGAAAGCAGGAGCCGGCUCCUCCAAGCCUCAGCAGCAGCGCUGGACACGAGGAAGAGCCCCUAAAUAAUGGCAAAAUUUCUGUCCCAGGAUCAGAUCAAUGAGUUCAAGGAAUGUUUUUCCCUCUACGACAAGAAACAAAAGGGGAAGAUCAAGGCCUCGGACCUGCUGGCAGUGAUGCGGUGCCUGGGAGCCAGCCCCACGCCGGGGGAGGCGCAGAGACACCUCCACUUGCAUAGGAUCGACAAAAACGCAGAGUUGGAUUUCUCCACUUUCCUCAACAUCAUGUACAGGCAAAUGAAGCAAGAGGAGCCCGAGAGGGAAAUCCUCACUGCCCUGUCCAUGAUAGACAGGCAGAAGAGAGGCAUCAUCACCGUCUCAGAGCUGAAAGCCAAGCUCACCCGCCUGGGCGAGAAGCUCUCCGAGGAAGAAGUUGAUGACCUGCUCAAAGAAGCCAAGGUUGGACCCAACGGAACCAUCCGGUAUGAAGAAUUUGUCCACAAGAUUGGUCUUCCAACAGUCGAUUACUGAAACCGCGACCAAGAGAUUUGGUAAGAGCAGAACCUGAGGCUUUCUUGACUUCAAGUUUUCCUACUUAUUACUUGGACUCAGGAAUCAUCAUUUGCCUUUAAAAUCCCUCAUUAUGCCUUCACAACCGUGCUUACACUCACACAGGAUCCCACCCCAUGCCUGAAGGAAUGCUGUCACCAAACCUGAGCUGUUAUUUGAAUAAACUGCAUCUCACAU